AUGAGUCACCGCAUGGACGAUCGCCGAUCGAGACAUUCCGGAUCGCGAAGAGGGCAUCGUUCGUCAACCCGCAGUCCACCAUCUUCCCGAGAACCGAAAGCAAGCAGCCAUUCCAACCGGACCAACCCGACAUCACCAGAGCAGACCAAUUUGAUACACUUUUCCUUUCUGGACCACAAAGCGGAGCUAAAUCGUGUGCUGCGAGGUUACUGUGCACGCGAUCAACUGGUGGAUGAUGUGAAUGACUUCUGGCUGUUUGUUACCAAGUAUGAAUCGUUACUAAAACGCACCGGACAAUCGAUCCUUCCAGAUCCACCGUCAGGCAAGGGAGUGCGAGAACACUGCCCUAUCGGAACGAUACCUUCCGAGUACAGUAAGGCUCUGGGCUGUUGCAUUUCGUUGAGCGUUCCCAUUGAAGAGCUGUUUGGUCGGUUGGGUGGAACCGGUUCCGGUGCCAUAACGCACACCAAGCUUGUCCAACUGCUGCAGAUCGUAACGCAUUACUUGGACUUCCGGCAGCGUGAGAAGUUUAACAAACUACGCAAACUGCGCCAGGCCCAAGCCAAUCUGCCCGUCGCAAAGCAUCGUGAGGAGAUAGUGGAAGCCGUACGGAACGAACGGGUAGUAGUGUUGGCCGGUGAUACGGGAUGUGGUAAAUCUACCCAGGUGCCGCAGUAUCUGUACCGGGCCGGCUACGAAGGAAUUGCCUGUACGCAGCCGCGCCGUAUCGCCUGCAUUUCCCUCUCGAAACGUGUGGCCCAUGAACUGUUGGCCGAGUAUCGCACCGAGGUUGGAUACCAGAUACGGUUCGAGCGAAGCAAAAACACCAACACAAAGAUACUGUUCAUCACGGAGGGGUUGUUGCUGCGGCAGCUGGCAAGCGAGGAUAACCUCGGGCAGUACUCGGUCAUCAUACUGGACGAGGUACACGAGCGGCAUCUGCAUGGUGAUUUCCUGCUGGGUAUCGCCAAGUGCCUUAUCCGUGCACGACCCGACCUAAAGCUGGUGCUUAUGUCGGCCACCAUCAACAUCAAGCUGUUUGCCGACUAUUUCACCGAGGAGGAGGCCCGUAUCAUUGAGGUACCUGGGCGACUGUUCCCCAUCAAGCUGCACUAUAUGCCCCAGCUGCAGGACGUACCGGUGGGAGCGGCGGGUAGUUCCGCUGGCGGUAAGCGCACCCAGAGCGAUCGUCUCAGCCCAGAACCUUACAUACAAAUCCUGCAGCUAGUCGACCAAAAGUAUCCACCAACGGAAAAGGGAGAUGUGCUGAUCUUUCUCAGCGGCCUGAACGAAAUAACGACCAUUGUGGAUGCCGCCCGAGAGUACAACGAAAAAAACAAGAACUGGAUCAUUCUACCUCUGCACAGCACGCUCUCGAUUGCCGAGCAGGAUAAGGUGUUUGACUACGCGCCGGACGGUAUGCGCAAGUGUAUCGUCUCGACGAACAUCGCCGAAACGUCGGUCACGAUCGACGGUAUCCGGUUCGUCGUGGAUAGUGGGAAGGUAAAAGAGAUGAGCUACGAUCCAACGACGAAGAUGCAACGGCUGAAGGAGUUCUGGAUAUCGAAGGCAUCCGCCGAACAGCGUAAAGGACGCGCCGGCCGUACCGGGCCCGGCGUUUGCUACCGUCUGUACGCGGAGAAACAGUUUCACGAUUUUGAUGCGUACAGCACGGCGGAAAUACUGAAGGUGCCGCUGGAAUCGUUGCUGCUGCAGAUGAUAUCUAUGGGCCUGCCGAAUGCGCGUCUGUUUCCUUUCGUCGAGCCACCGCCGAUGGAUAAUGUGGAGAACGCGAUCGUCAGCCUAAAGGAAGCGGAAGCACUGACGGAGGACGAGAAGCUGACACCGCUUGGCAAAGCGCUGGCCAAGAUACCGGUCGACAUCGGUAUCGGUAAGAUGUUGCUGAUGGGUUGCGUGUUUCAGCAACUACAACCGGUGCUGACACUGGCCGCAGCAUUAAGCGUGCAGUCACCGUUCACCAAUCGUGCGUACCGUGAUCCGGAAUGUGAGAGGGCGCGCAAAUCGCUCGAGUCUGACCAUGGUGACCCGAUCACACUGCUGAACGCGUACAAAGAAUGGCUGGAGAUCAAGCAACACCGGACGGACUAUGGGCGGCGUGACGAUGGUGAUCGUCGUUCCGAAAGCUCCAAGGUUUGGUGCCGGCGCCGGGGACUGGAAGAGCAACGGUUCUACGAAAUCACCAAACUGCGCAAUCAGUUUCAAGAUCUGCUGCAGGACUGUGGUCUCAUGGAGUCGCAAAACAAUGAGCAUUUGUCCAGUGCCGAGCGUGCAAUACGCAAUGGAGAGUUGCGUCAGCUGAAAGAACUGCGGAAAGCGCACCGCAUGGAAGCACCCCGGAAGCGUAAACUGCUUAAAUCUGACCCUUGGGGAUUGGGCGAAGAGGGCGACGAAGAGGCAGAUGACGGGAAGGUGGACAUAAGGGAUGUGGAAUUUCGUUUGAGUCACGAUUCCUCCAAGCUGCAGCAUCUGGUAACCGGCGCCACGGCUUGUAGCUACAGAGAUUUGAUGACGCUUAAGUUAAUUCUGGUCAGCGGACUUUAUCCCCAGGUGGCGAUUGCUGAUGAAUUUAAUUAUUGCAAGAGUUUAUCGGAACAAUUCUUUCACACCCGGGCGAAACCAUACGUUUCGCUGCAUCCGAUGAGCUUUUUCGGCAACAAUGCACAACUGCUGCAGCUGACGGACAGUGAGAUUGAGGAGAAACCGCCCACGUUCAAAUCACGCCAACCGCUCAGCACUCGUCACCAGAUCGUGUGCUAUUUGACGCUGCUAGAGACGAAUAAAUCUUAUCUAACCAACACGCUCCGUAUGCCGGCCGCCCAAACGCUGUUGCUGUUUGCGCACACGCUCGAAACGAACAGUACCUUCUCGCGGAUUGUGUGCGAUGUAUGGUUGUGUCUAGACUUCCCAGCACCGGAAAGUGGGCAGACAUUGCUGCUUAAAGCAACCAAGCUGAGGCGGCUCUGGAAUCGCUUGCUUGCAGAAAAGCUGAAAGCACUCACCAUUACGGCAGACGGUGAACUGACGAAGGUCGAACGAAACGUUACGAUAGAGCAGAUGAAUCGCGAACUCUGGUCCAGUUUGGCACAGUACAUGAACACGGAAGUGUGUUACACUGUUAAAAAGCUGCUUCCGGCAGAUCUAAAAUCGCUUUACAUUGGCCGUACGGCAGAAGACGAUAAUGAAGAUGGUGAACAGCGAAUGGAACUGCCGAAUCCCAACCCAUUUGCGGAAGACUUCCAACCACUGCAUAACGAAACGAAGGGUGGUGUAUUUCUGACAGAAAACAUUACGUACGGUUGCGUUGUGGAGACGGACUGGAGUAUGCAGAUGCACGAGCAAAUCCUAGAGCAAGACUGGGAAUGUGCACAUUGUCGAGGAACGUUUCGUUUGACCGGCUUACAGAAGCUUCAACACGCAGUCAUUUGUAAACCGGAAAAGAUCGAUGAAGCGACCAUAGCAAUGCCACCGGCAAGCGAAGUUGGUUCAUCUAGAAAGCUAAAUGUAACCCGACACGACUGCCCGAGCUGUGGUCAGCAGCUGAUGUUGAGCGCAAUAGAGGUGCUAAAGCAUAAGAAAGGUUGUGGCAAACGCAUCAAACAGGAACCGCAGGAUUAG